AUGCCAACAUCCACCAAGUCCACAAGCAGUGAAGGGUCUGGUGAUGAAGAUGAUACAUUUACACAUCUUUUACAAAGUGAAUUUAAUAUCCAUAAUAUCUCACCCGACGAGCCUGAUAGCAAAGUCCUGUCUGAUAACACCAUUGAAAGCUUUGCACAAGAAGCAACUGAUCAUACACGCAAUCCAGCAGAUGUAAACUCUACAAGCAUUGAAAGAUCGGGCGAUGAUAAUUUUUUACGUUUUAUAAGCAUGAAUGACGCCUACAGUAAUAUAGCAUCGGACGAAUCUGACGUUACCAUCCUGGCUGAUAAAGUCACUGAAAUUUUAUCAAAAGCAUCAACUGAUCUUCCAAUCAUUCCUGCAGCUGUCACUGGGUCAGUUGCGGAGGAUGAUUUUUAG